AUGAGUGCAAAGCGCAAACGAAUUGUGGUUUCGAUGGAUACACGUUUAAAAGUGCUAAAGCGGAUUGAUAAUGGUGAAUCCGUAGCGAAAAUAUGUUCAGAAUUUAAUGUUGGAAGAAGCACUGUAAAUGACUGGCGAAGAGAUAGGCGUUCCAUUGAGGAGUUUUGCUCGAAAAUGGAAUCUGAUAGAAAUCUGGGUUGCCGUUGUACGAGAAAAAAACCGAUUUGGGAGGUCGUCGAUGAAGCUUUGUUUCUUCAGGAACGUCGAAGAGGUACACCGAUUGGCGGCCCAAUUUUGAAAGAAAAAGCUUUGGCUAUCCACCAAAAGAUUAAUAUUGGAGGUGACUUUGUGGCAAGUGAUGGUUGGCUUAAUCGAUGGAAGAAGCGACACGGAAUUCAUUUCGCACAUGUAAGUGGAGAAAAAAUGUCUGCUGAUACUUCUGGUGCGAGAGAAUUCAAGACUAAAUUUGGUGAAAUGGUUAAAACAGAGGAAUUAUCUCCAGAACAAGUCUAUAAUAUGGACGAGACCGGGCUAAACAUUAAAAUGUUACCAGAAACAACUUUUCUAGGCAGUCAUGAACAGUCUGCCCCUGGCUUCAAAAAGAACAAAGAACGUAUUACAGUGGCCGUUUGUUCGAAUGCAGCAGGGACUCAUAAAAUUCCUCUUUUCGUUAUUGGCAAGCUGCUAAACCACGGGCAUUCAAAAACUUGA